CCGCGUGGGUCCGGGGGUCGCACGUCCCCGGAGGAUGACGACCUAGCACCGGGACGGCCCCGUCGCCCCGGACCGGCCUGGCUCGGCGGCCCCGACCUGCAUCCGCGCGGCCCUUCCGGACGCCCCGCACCGGGUGCGCACCCGGCACGCCUUUCUGGAACUCGCCUUUGGUACAAUCGCUUCUUUGCGAAGAAAGGAUUCCCUUUACGGGGGGGGGGUGUUGACUUUCUUUUGGGGACGGGAAUUCGGGGGACAAUAAGAAGAACACUUGGCUGCCCGCGACUUCGGAGGGGGCCUAACGGACCGCCGGCCGGGGGGCGCCGAGGCGCUGCUCCAGGAUGGAGGUGGCCGACCCGCAGCAGUUGGGCAUGUUCACGGAGGGCGAGCUGAUGUCGGUGGGGAUGGACACGUUCAUCCACCGCAUCGACUCCACCGAGGUCAUCUACCAGCCCCGCCGCAAGCGCGCCAAGCUCAUCGGCAAAUACCUGAUGGGGGAUUUACUAGGGGAGGGGUCUUAUGGUAAGGUGAAGGAGGUGCUGGACUCGGAGACGCUCUGCCGUAGAGCCGUCAAAAUCCUCAAGAAGAAGAAGUUGCGGAGGAUCCCCAACGGGGAGGCGAACGUGAAGAAGGAAAUUCAGCUGCUGCGGAGGUUACGGCACAAGAACGUCAUCCAGCUGGUGGAUGUCUUGUACAACGAAGAGAAGCAGAAAAUGUAUAUGGUGAUGGAGUACUGCGUGUGUGGCAUGCAGGAGAUGCUGGACAGCGUGCCUGAGAAGCGUUUCCCCGUGUGCCAGGCCCAUGGGUACUUCUGCCAGUUGGUGGACGGCCUAGAGUACCUGCACAGCCAGGGCAUCGUGCACAAGGACAUUAAGCCGGGCAACCUGCUUCUCACCACCAGCGGCACGCUCAAGAUCUCCGACCUGGGUGUGGCCGAGGCUCUACACCCGUUCGCUGAGGAUGACACAUGCAGGACGAGCCAGGGGUCCCCAGCAUUUCAGCCACCUGAGAUCGCCAAUGGCCUGGACACCUUCUCCGGCUUCAAGGUGGACAUCUGGUCAGCUGGGGUCACGCUCUACAACAUCACGACGGGCCUGUAUCCCUUCGAAGGGGACAACAUCUACAAGUUGUUUGAGAACAUUGGGAAGGGGGACUACACGAUCCCAGGUGACUGCGGCCCCCCGCUCUCAGACCUGCUGAAAGGGAUGCUGGAGUAUGAGCCGGCCAAGAGGUUUUCCCUGCAGCAGAUCAGGCAGCACAGUUGGUUCCGGAAGAAACACCCGCCAGCUGAGGAGCCAGUGCCCAUCCCGCCGAGCGCAGACUGCAAGGACCGGUGGCGCGGCAUGACGGUGGUGCCGUACCUGGAGGACCUCCACGGCUGUGCCGACGAGGAUGGGGACGAGGACCUCUUCGACAUUGAGGAUGACAUCAUCUACACUCAGGACUUCACGGUGCCUGGUCCUGGAGGAGGGGGCCGGUCAGAAUGGACAGAGCUGGGGCCUGCCCAAGGCUGUGUGCAUGAAUGGCACAGAGUCAGCCCAGCUGAGCACCAAAUUGAAGGCGGAACGCCGGGCCAGCUCCACCUCCAACCCCACUCGCAAGGCCUGCUCUGCCAGCAGCAAGAUCCGCCGGCUGUCUACCUGCAAGCAGCAAUGAGGGCAGUUGCCUGCAGCCUGUAUCCAGGAGCCCCGGCCAGGGGCCGCAGCCCAGGUCCUUCUCAGUCUUCCUGCCACACGCUGGUCUGCUGCCUGCUGCCCAGGAAGGCCACCGCCACGCUCUCUGUGCUGGCCACUGCCCGGGAGGCCCAGGGGUCCUGGAGGGUUGCCCAGGGGGGGCAGCAGAGACUGGGGUCUGGCCCUCUCCUCAUGGCCAGUGGACGUGAUCUGGUGACUUUGCAGUCCUGUGCUGAGCCCUGUCCCCCGGCCAGGGGAGGGGGCGGGGGCUGGCGCGGGGCCCGGUGCAAAGCCUUGCCAUGCACUUUAUGUUUAGACUACUGGUUCUCGCCCUGCCCGACUGUCCUGCUCCCACUCUGCUACAAGGUCGCGUGCGCCCCUUGGGGACGUGCACACAGCCGCAGCGACGGUCCUUGGUGGGGACAGGCCUAUCAGCCGAGAUGCAUGUCCAGCGCCCAAGGGAGCCAGGCGGCUGCCUUGUUUUUGUUGUUUGGUUUUUUUUUCUUUUCCUUUUUUUUUUUUUUUAAAGAAAAAAUAAAACAGGUGGAUUUGAGCUGUGGUUGUGAGGGAUGUUUGGGGGUCGUCGGGUGGCUGGACAUGAGGACAGCUGGGGGGCGGGGUCUGGCUCCGCCUCAGACCCCGCGGAGCCCACAGUGCAGGGGCUGGCCAGGAGCCUCAUGCCUUGGUGGUGGUGGACCUGGGAGCCUGGGGUGGGUCUGCCUGUGGCCAUGCCGGACCGCUGCAUUCCAGUGGUAACCCAGCCUCCCCAGGGCUCAGCAGGCCCCUUGCUCAGCCCACAGGGCCUACUGCCCCACAGCAGUCGCCGGGAACCUGAGUGGCAGGAGCUUGAGCCUCGCUCCCCAGAGAGAACACGGAGUGACGUGUGCAGUAAAUAUUUAUAAUGAACCAGAAAACAAAACACGAGAGAAAACUCCAUCACUGAAUGGUACACAGAUGGCAUGAAGCUUUGAGGGGUGGGGCAGGGUGACUUGGCUGCCAGUGAGGGUGGCCCCCUCUUUUGGCAAUAAAUAAAGCUUGGGAAACUUGAAACCUUGGCCUUCUGGGUUUUGUGUAAGUCUCAGACACUGAUGAGUCCUGGUGGCUCUUUGGACUGGACAUGCGGC